AUGAAACAUAUGCUAGAGAAAGUGGCAGCGGCGGAGGAGAGGAAGCUGACGCACGCCCAGCAGUUCCUAGAGGACGACGCCAUCAUAUUUGACCAAUUCCUUAAAGAGAACGACAAGAACUCUGUGGAGGCCAUCAAAGUUGCUGAGUUGGAGACCAAAGUGAAAAUGGAGAAGAUGUCUGAGAUCAAGAGGAUCACAACCAGGAUGGUGAGCAUUAAGAGUGACAUCUCUAAGUUUGAGGACAUCAUAAAGGAGUUCAAGAUGCACAAGGAGUUCCUCUUCAAGCUGUCCCCUCUAGAGUGGCAAGAGGCACAUAGGGCCAAGGCUAAGACACUUAAACUCAAGUCUGCCACCAAGUCUGCCACCAAGGACAAGCCCAAAGAGAAAGACAAAGAUGAGAGGGCUACUCCGAAAAGACGUACUACUACGGACAGUAAGGAGUCCUUUGCGGGCCGAGAGCUGCCACCUAUCCGGGAUGCUAGGACCCCCUCUAGACAGUCGACAGGUCGGAGUGACAAAUUGAACCCUGUGGCAGAGCUGAAGACUGACAGCUCUGAAUAUGAGGAGGACCCAGAGCUGUAUUUCAGGGACCCCAGGCAGCUGCUGGAGCUGCUGACAGAGCUGGAAGAGCAGAACCUCUCUCUGAUCCAGAACUCCAGGGAGACCGAAGACGCCCAGGAGGAGUUCCGACAGGUCAUGGACUACAAUCGCAAGAAGAUGGAGGUGGAGACCAACCAGCUGACCCAGCAGAUAGACAUCAUGACCCACACCAUCCAGAGGGAGAGGGAACGGGCUGCCGAGCUGGAGCUGAGGGCCCGCCUCUUCAACUUUGGGAAGUACAAGUCGGACGACCAGGAGGGUAUGUUUGACUCCCUGGGCGUUAAGGUAGAGGAGGUGUACCGGGGCUGCGUGGGCGACAGCGAGGCCAACCUGAGCACGCUGCAGAUGCUGAAGGCCAUCGAGAGCCGCCUGGACGAGCUGCUGGAGAAGGUGGAGAUCGUCCCCAAGGAGCGGCUGGUGCUGGCCGAGAGGGCCAAGGAAAAGGAGAGGAGGUUCAGGCUGCGUGAUGAGAAGAUGCAUCAGGACAAGCAGCACCAGGAAGAGAGGCUGAAGAGGGCUCUGGAGAGAGCCCAGGCUGACGUCAAGAAAACAACUGGCAAGAAACUGAUGGCUAGAUCACAGCGCCCUGCCCGCAAGCUGAAGACCAGUCAGGUGUAUGACAUCUCAGACAAGGAGAAAGAGGAGCAGCUCUACUUCUUCACGUAAAGGGCCAAGUCACAACACGGCCCCAUACGCCACAACUGACCGGAACUCCUUUCAUCUCUGUUUUGGCCUAUUGUGGGGCUGUGACUGAGUCACUGUAAAUACUGACUUUUUUAAUAAUUGGGUAUGACGGGUAUAAGUAUGGCUUUUACAAUGACCCUAUUGGGCACUGGUAAUGUCACAUGAUGGGAUAGGUCCUACUUCUUUGGGACUGGAUGGAGGUUUUUUUGAGGCGGUGUGGAGCACGUGGACUUUGUUUUGGUGGAGGGCUUUGAGGCAGAUGGACAGCGCUCUCCCCACACAUUUUAUAGAAUUAGAUUAUUUUAACAUACCAGAUUUAAAUUACAAUAUUUUGCCAUACCAUA